AUGUGUGCCGUUGCCGCCGAGUUCCUCAAUGUCUCGAGCUCACAAUGGAUCUGGAUUGGCAUCGCCAUUGGCGCGGUGGUGCUGCUGAUCAUCUCUCUGUUGCUGUGUUGCUGGUGCCGUAAACGUCGUCUACGCAAAUUCGACCAACGCCAGGCCGAAAACAACGCACGCUUCGGCGAGCGUGAACAAGCGAGGUCUAUUGCACUACAGGACAAGAAACUGUCUAAACAGGAACAGCACGAUGCUAUCCGCAAGAAGUAUAAUCUGGACGGGGCCAGCGAUAGCCAGAGCCAGCCCGGCGAGAGUGCGCAUGAUGUCUGA